ACUGCGUUGUUCAACUAUGUUAGCAUCUCCGACUAGAUUCGUUGCUCUACGAAACCCAUUCCGAUCGUCUAAUAAGAUUCCCAGCUUCAUUUCUCACUUCCCCAAAGGUUUUCCGCAGAAAUCUGUGAUCCGAGCUUCAGGAAACAUUCUAUCUGUAGCUGCUAUGUCGACCCCUGCCGCCGUCGCCGCCGUCGCCGCCGUCGCCGACGCCGGAAGAGGAUCGAUCACUCACGUUAUAUUCGACAUGGACGGUCUUCUUCUCGACACUGAGAAGUUUUACACGGAGGUACAAGAAAAGAUACUUGCUAGAUACAACAAAACAUUUGAUUGGUCUUUGAAAGCGAAGAUGAUGGGAAGAAAAGCGAUUGAAGCUGCCACGCUUUUCGUUGAAGAAUGUGGAAUUAGUGACUCACUUUCACCUGAGGAGUUCAUUGUAGAGAGAGAGUCUAUGUUGCAAGACCUCUUCCCCACAAGUGACCUUAUGCCAGGAGCUAGCCGACUUCUCAGACAUCUCCAUAGCAAAGGAAUCCCAAUUUGUGUGGCCACAGGUACACACACCCGACAUUUUGAUCUAAAAACACAAAGACACCGUGAGCUUUUUUCCUUAAUGCAUCACAUAGUACGCGGAGAUGAUCCAGAGGUCAAGCAAGGGAAGCCCGCUCCAGACGGCUUUCUUGCUGCAGCUAGGAGAUUUGAGGACGGUCCUGUAGAUCCACGAAAGGCUCUGGUGUUUGAAGAUGCUCCGUCCGGGGUCCUGGCAGCUAAAAACGCUGGAAUGAAUGUGAUAAUGGUACCGGAUCCAAGAUUAGAUAAGUCCUACCACGAUGUUGCGGAUCAAGUUCUAGCCUCUCUGCUAGAUUUCAAACCAGAGGAAUGGGGCUUACCUCCCUUCGAGGAUUCACAAAACUAAGACCACCGAGCUUCAGGAUAACAUUAUCCUCACGCUAACGGUACUUGAUUUUUAUUUAUGAUGAUUGAACCCCAAAUCCUGUAUUGGAAAGAGCGUUCAUAUACCAUUUAAUUGACGAUGAUAGAUUCUUAUUGGGGUAUUUUUCAUUUAUAUGAUAUGGUUUCAUGUCA